UACAUUGUCUUCUACUGUCCCACAAAUAUCCGCUGAACAUGAUAUAUAUGAAGAAGAAGAACACUUGGUUCUUGAAUUUCUCACUGUUCAUUCUCCAAAUCUUCACAUCUUCGAAUGCAUUGGAUGUUACUCAGUUCGGAGCGGUUGGAGAUGGAGUUACAGACGAUUCACAGGCGUUCUUGAAAGCUUGGGAAGCUAUCUGUAGCGGAACAGGAGAUGGGCAACUUGUCGUGCCGGCAGGGAUGACUUUUAUGUUACAACCCCUGAGGUUUCAAGGUUCUUGCAAAUCAGCCCCUAUUUUUGUUCAGAUUUUAGGCAAUCUUGUAGCAUCGAGUAAAGGAAAUUGGAAAGGAGACAAAGAUCAAUGGAUUAUGUUUGCAGACAUUGAAGGACUUGUGGUUGAAGGUGACGGCGAAAUUCACGGCCAGGGUUCGAGCUGGUGGGAACACAAAGGCUCCAGACCUACCGCCUUGAAGUUCAAGAGCUGCAACAACCUUAGAUUGAGUGGGUUAACACACUUAGAUAGUCCAAUGGCUCACAUUCACAUCAACGAUUGCAACUACGUGACCAUCUCAAGUCUCCGGAUAAAUGCGCCGGAAUCAAGUCCUAACACUGAUGGAAUCGACAUAGGCGCUUCCUCCAACGUUGUCAUCCAAGACUGCGUCAUCGCAACCGGUGAUGAUUGCAUAGCGAUAAAUUCGGGGACGUCUAACAUCCAUAUUUCCGGUAUAGACUGCGGACCAGGGCAUGGAAUAAGCAUAGGAAGCUUGGGUAAAGAUGGGGAGACAGCUACCGUGGAGAAUGUUUGUGUCCAAAACUGUAACUUCAGAGGAACUAUGAAUGGGGCUCGGAUCAAAACCUGGCAGGGUGGAUCGGGUUACGCGAGAAUGAUUACUUUCCAUGGAAUAACUCUAGACAAUGUCGAGAAUCCAAUUAUAAUCGAUCAGCUCUACAACGGAGGAGAUUCUGAUAAAGCCAAAGAUCAUAAGUCUUCGGCAGUGGAAGUGAGCAAAGUGGUGUAUAGUAAUUUCAUUGGGACAUCGAAGUCAGAAUACGGAGUUGAUUUCAGGUGCAGCGAGACUGUACCGUGCACGGAAAUUUUCUUGCGAGACGUGAAAAUAGAAACCGCAUCAUCAGGAUCAGGACAAGUCGCACAAGGACAGUGUUUAAACGUGAGAGGUGUGUCCACACUUGCUGUCCCAGGUCUAGAAUGCUUAUCACUUACCACAGAUAUGUUGUCAUCGCCGCAAUUGCCGGAACAAACUUGCAUGUUGGCACAAUCAGGACAACCAAGAACACAACCGAUGCAAGAUCCAAUAUGGGAUUAUGAAAGCAGAGGGAAACGACUUGUAGUAUCCAAUGCAAUAUUAAUUUCAUUUGUGUCCUUGGUUACAUACAUUUUUAGGUAACUAAUUGAAGCCUUUAAAAGUAUAUUAAUACGAGUGGAGAUGCCAUGGCUUGAUAGUUAA